GUGGAACACAAGCUCCGAAAAAAACUUGUCUCAGUCACACCAGAAUCACUCCUGAGGAAGCAGGAGGUCAAACAAUUUAAGGGGAACACAUCUAAAUCUGACCGUUCAUUUAGUCUGACCUGCAUUAGGAAGCCAAGAUGUUCGCGGUUCAUUUGUUGUCCUUUUACUUCUCAAAGCUGCAGGAGGAUCAGAUCAAGAAGGUAGACAGAUUUCUGUAUGCAAUGCGCCUAUCAGAAGAUCAGCUGAAGGACAUAUCAGCUCGCUUUCGGCUCGAGAUGGAGAAGGGACUGUCAAGCGAGAGCAAUGCUGCAGCUGCUGUGAAGAUGCUCCCGACUCAUGUUUAUUCAACACCCGAUGGCUCAGAGAAGGGGGAAUUCCUGGCACUGGAUCUGGGGGGCUCAAAAUUUAAAGUACUCCAGGUAAAGGUUUCAGAAGAUGGGAAGGGAAAAGUGGAGAUGGAGAGUGAAACCUUUCCCAUCCCUGAAGAGAUUGUCAAUGGCAGAGGAACAGAGCUUUUUGAGCAUGUGGCAGAAUCCUUGAAGUCUUUUCUACAGAAGCACCACAUUAAUCACACAAGAAAACCUCUCGGCUUCACUUUCUCCUUCCCAUGUGCACAGUCCAAAAUAGACGAGGGUGUCCUGCUGUCAUGGUCGAAGAAUUUCAAGGUUAGAGGUGUUCAAGGAACCAAUGUGGUGCAGUCAUUGCGGAAGGCCAUUCGUAAAGUUGGGGAUCUUGAUGUGGAUGUCCUGGCGAUGGUCAAUGACACAGUGGGGGCCAUGAUGACCUGUGGAUACGAUGACCAGAACUGUGAAGUGGGGGUUAUUGUAGGUACUGGCACCAAUGCGUGUUACAUGGAGGAAAUGCGGCACAUUGACCUGGUGGAGGGAGAUGAAGGAAGAAUGUGUAUCAAUACUGAAUUGGGGGCAUUUGGAGAUGAUGGUGUUCUUGAUGAUUUCAUUACAAGCUUUGACCGUGAAAUUGAUGCCGCCUCUAUUAAUCCAGGAAAACAGCUUUUUGAAAAGAUGGUGAGUGGGAUGUACAUGGGAGAACUUGUGAGACUUAUCCUUCUAAGAAUGGCCAAGAAGGGUCUACUCUUUCGUGGCCAAAUCUCGGAUGCUCUUCGAACCAAGGGAACAUUUCAUACCAACCAUAUGUGCUUGAUUGAACAGUAUAAAAGCGGUUUGGAAAACACCAAGGAGAUCCUGGAGGACCUAGGACUAAAUCCCAGUGACGAUGACUGUAUUGCAGUCCAGCAUGUCUGCACCAUCGUGUCCUUCAGGUCAGCUAAUCUGGUGGCUGCAGCUUUGGCUGCCAUCCUAACACGGAUCAGAGAAAACAAAAAGCUGAAGACCCUUCGGACUACUGUAGGAGUGGAUGGGACGGUCUACAGAACACAUCCACAGUACCCCAAAAGGCUCCACAAGGUGGUCCGCCAUCUGGUGCCAGACUGCCAUGUGCGUUUUGUGCUGUCUGAAAGUGGCAGUGCCAAAGGUGCCGCUAUGGUGACCGCCGUGGCUCAGCGAUUAGCCUCCCAGCGGAAAGAGAUUGAUGAUACCCUUGCAGCUUUUGCUUUGACUUCCACACAGCUCCAGGAAGUGAAGCAGAAGAUGCAUGUUGAGUUGGAACGAGGCCUGAAAAAAGAAACCCAUCCCACUGCUUCAGUAAAAAUGCUGCCCACAUAUGUUUACAGGACACCAGAUGGGACAGAAAGGGGAAAGUACCUUGCUUUGGAUCUUGGUGGAACCAAUUUCCGCGUGUUGGUGGUUAAGAUUCGGACUGGCAUGCGAAAUUCAGUCCGGAUGUACAACAAAAUUUAUGCCAUCCCACUGGAGAUUAUGCAGGGCACAGGAGAGGAGCUGUUUGACCACAUCGUUCAGUGUAUCUCAGAUUUCUUGGACUAUAUGGGAAUGAAGAACACUCGUCUGCCACUUGGCUUCACCUUCUCUUUCCCGUGCAAUCAGACAGGUAUUGAUAAGGGAGAUCUGGUCUGCUGGACAAAGGGCUUCAAAGCGACAGACUGUGAAGGGUAUGAUGUUGUGGACAUGCUGAGAGAGGCCAUCAAAAGACGAAAUGAGUUUGAUCUCGAUAUCGUAGCUAUAGUUAAUGACACAGUUGGCACAAUGAUGACCUGUGCAUAUGAGGACCCUAAAUGUCAGAUUGGUCUUAUUGCUGGAACAGGAAGCAAUGUGUGUUACAUGGAGGAGAUGAAGAACAUUGAGAUUGUUGAGGGUGAUGAAGGACAGAUGUGUGUAAACACUGAGUGGGGAGGUUUUGGAGAAAAUGAUAAUAUUGAGGACAUCCGGACCAGAUAUGACAGAGAGGUCGACAGCGGCUCACUCAAUGCUGGGAAACAAAGGUUUGAAAAAAUGACCAGUGGCAUGUAUUUAGGAGAGAUUGUAAGGCAGAUCCUUAUUGAUCUCACAAAGCGUGGUUUUCUGUUUCGCGGUCGCAUCACAGAGAGACUGAAGACCAAGGGAAUCUUUGAAACCAAGUUUCUUUCACAGAUUGAGAGUGACCGUUUGGCACUACUGCAAGUGAGGUGCAUAUUGCAGAGUCUGGGUCUGGACAGCACAUGCGAUGACAGUAUUAUUGUGAAGGAGGUUUGUGGAGCUGUUUCUCGUCGAGCAGCUCAGCUCUGUGGAGCAGGAAUGGCUGCAAUUGUGGAUAAAAUCAGAGAGAACCGUGGAUUGGAUCGUCUGGAUAUCACUGUUGGAGUGGAUGGCACUCUUUACAAGUUACAUCCACACUUCUCCACGAUCUUAAAGGAGACUGUCAGAGAGCUGGCGCCCAAUUGUAAAGUGGAUUUCAUCCUUUCAGAGGACGGCAGUGGCAAAGGAGCGGCGCUGAUCACAGCUGUGGCUCGACAGCAUCACGUACAGAAACAAGAACAGAACUAGACGGACUCCUCUGAAGAGUGCUUUUGUUUAUUUGAAAAGAAUAGUUCACCCAAAAAACAAACAUUUGCUGUUAAUUUACUCAAAUUCAGGCCCUCUAACAAGAACAUUUCCAGUUGAAGCGGUGGUUCUUGGUGGUUAAUAAGACUUUUUGUGCGUUCCAAGUGGGGUUUUGAAAUCAUGGGUGCCAUACUGAAGUGUCGUUCCAAACCAACAUGUUCAAAACCGGCUACUUCGAAGGGCCCUUGGAGUAAAGGAUUUUCGACAAAUACAACUGAUUGACACUGCAGGCCACCAUCCUUUGAAUAGGGAAGUUGUUUGGUGUCACAGUGCACUCAGUUUGGAAGGACUGAUCCCUUCAGACAGCCCCUUCUAAGGAAUUAGGGCAUGGGGAUGAACUCUUCUGAAUGGAUCCUAGUUUU